AACGGUUUCCGAAGCCCCACUUAGGUCCUUUGUGUGCAAGUGAUGGAGAAUGCCUCUUGCUUCCAGGAAACGGCACCAGGUACGACCUGACCCCAGUCACAGCCGUCAGCGUCCACUUGCUCAGCAGCGAUGGAACACCGGUGCUGGUGGAUGGUCCCAUUUAUGUCACCGUGCCCCUGGCCACACAGAGCAGCUUGAGGCACAAUGCCUAUGUCGCAGCGUGGCGCUUUGACCAGAAGCUGGGAACGUGGCUAAAGAGUGGCCUAGGCCUCGUGCACCAGGAAGGCAGCCAGCUGACGUGGACAUACAUUGCCCCUCAGUUGGGGUACUGGGUGGCAGCCAUGUCUCCUCCCAAACCAGGUCCCGUUGUCACACAGGACAUUACCACGUAUCACACGGUGUUUCUUUUGGCCAUUUUAGGAGGAAUGGCUUUCAUACUUUUGGUUUUGCUGUGUCUCCUUUUAUAUUAUUGCAGGCGGAAGUGCUUGAAACCUCGUCAGCACCAUAGAAAACUACAGCUUCCUGCAGCCCUAGAGAGUUCCAAACGAGAUCAGUCCACAUCCAUGUCACACAUCAACUUGCUGUUUUCCCGUCGAGAGUCAGAAUUCCCGGGCCCGCUGUCUGUCACCAGCCAUGGCCGCCCGGACGCCCCAGGCACAAAGGAGCUGAUGAGCGGGGUCCAUUUAGAAAUGAUGUCUUCCAAUGGAGAAGUGGACAUGCACACACCCAUGCUGAAGCUUUCCUACAGCACCUCCCAAGAAUUCAGCUCUCGGGAGGAACUCCUCUCUCAUAAGGAAGAGGAUAAAAGCCAAAUCUCCUUUGAUAACCUGACACCAAGUGGGACGUUGGGGAAAGACUACCAUAAGUCCGUGGAGAUUUUCCCCUUAAAGUCCAGGAAAUCCAUGGAAAGAGAAGGCUAUGAGUCCCCUGGCAGCAGUGACUACAGGAGGAGUUACAAUGCCAUGCUGUCGCAGCCUUUAUUUGAGAAGCAAGACAGAGACAGUCAGGCCUCCGUUAACCAUAUUUCCACAGGAAGUAAGCUCACCAUUCAGGAACACAUGUACCCCACGCCUUCAUCUCCCGAAAAAGAACAGCUGCUGGACCGCAGACCUACUGAAUGUAUGAUGUCACGCUCCGUAGACCACCUAGAAAGACCUACGUCUUUUCCGCGGCCCGGCCAGUUGAUCUGCUGUAGCUCCGUGGACCAGGUCAAUGACAGCGUGUACAGAAAAGUGUUGCCCGCCUUGGUCAUCCCCGCUCAUUAUAUGAAACUCCCCGGGGACCACUCGUAUGUGGGCCAGCCCCUGGUCGUCCCCGCUGACCAGCAGCUCGAAAUUGAAAGACUGCAGGCGGAGCUCUCCAGCCCCCACGCAGGGAUCUUCCCACACCCCUCCUCUCAGAUCCAAGCCCAGCCCUUGUCGUGCCAGGCAAUCUCCCAGCAGCACUUGCAGGAUGCAGGCAGCCGCGAGUGGAGCCCGCAGAACGCGUCCAUGUCGGAGUCCCUGUCCAUCCCAGCAUCCCUGAAUGAUGCGGCCUUGGCCCAGAUGAACAGCGAGGUCCAGCUCCUGACGGAAAAGGCUCUGAUGGAACUCGGUGGCGGGAAGCCGCUCCCACACCCGCGGGCCUGGUUCGUCUCUCUGGACGGCAGGUCCAACGCCCACGUCAGACAUUCCUACAUUGAUCUCCAAAGAGCUGGAAGGAACGGGAGUAACGAUGCCAGCUUGGACUCGGGCGUGGAUAUGAACGAACCAAAAUCGGCCCGGAAGGGAAGAGGCGAUCCCUUGUCCCUCCCGCAGAACCACCCGCCCGUCCAGGAGCGUCCACAGAAGGAGCCGAGGGCGGCGGACGCCACCGCCUACACGCAGCUCGUGUAUCUGGACGACAUGGACCAAAGCGGCAGUGAGUGCGGCACCACCGUCUGCACCCCCGAGGACAGUGCCCUGCGAUGCUUGCUGGACAGCUCCAGCCGGAGAAGCGGCGGCCAGCUGCCCAGCCUGCAGGAGGAGACGACCAAACGAACUGUGGACAACCCCCCGGAGCCCUUAGCCAGCCCCGAUCAGAGAAGACCUGCUCACGAGGACGACGAAGAUGAUGACGACGAUGACCAAGGAGAGGACAAGAAGAGCCCCUGGCAGAAGCGGGAGGAGAGACCCCUGAUGGCAUUUAACAUUAAAUGAGCGACCGCAGAGCCACACUGCAGUGGAAUCUAACAAACUUGCCAAAAAUUCUCAUGGAAGCACUUCCGUGUUUGUGGAGGAAGUUGACCAACGGCAGCCGUGGGCCGUGGAUGUUGCCUGCAUUACCGUUUGCUGUGUGAAUGUUAGAAAGGAAUCACAGCUAGAACUCGGAAGAAAGGAUGAUGGUGAUGGAUGCCACACCGCCAGGGAGGUGGCCGAACGCAGCGUCUCAGCAGUGUCCUUCCACGAGCUUGGUGUGUCCCCCCCCGCCCCCCCCCCAGGACACUGAAAAACCGCAAGUGAUGUUGCUGGGUUCUGACGAUAACCUCAAUUCUCCCUCAGAUUCCCGGAACAGAUGAAACUCUUCUUUGCAUUGCUUGAAUCAGUUUUAUCACGAUAACGCUCCUGUGAAGUUCCGACUGAGAAAGUAGCUUGGCACCUAGUAUUCCGAGGUAUGCAUCACCUCAAAGGAAAGCUAUGCAUCGCUCUUCGUGCUCUUACUUUGCUUAGAUUUCUGCUUUGCUUGGGUUUUGUUUCGGGGGCGGGCUUCGUUUUUGGGGUUGGUUUUUUUUAACCCAGUUUGGUUAUCAAGAUUUUAUUCCUUCGUUUCAUCUGGUCUGCUUCUCGGUUUAUUUCGGUGUCUCCUUUCAGGAACUCCUAAGUGUCAUCUCUUAACAUCCAAGCCUUUUAAAGAAAUCAUACUGAAAUUUUGUAUCAGCUGAGAAUCCUUCAAUUCUGAUCCCAUAAACUCCAAGUGCCUUUU